AUGGAAAAUCUGUUUACAGAAGAUUUGAGAGCCAAAGCAGGCAUACUUCCUGCCGUGACCUGCUCAAACCUGGUUCUGACUCUUCAAAAAUCAUUCAUUUACUGCUUGAGAAACUCAGCAAAGCAGGAGUUUUGUCUCCACUUGAGAAAUCCCUCAAGACACUUGCCUAACACAGAAGACAACAUGGAUGUUAAGAAUGUAGUUAAAUCCCAGGCAACUUUUUCCUGCCUGAGGGAUUUGUCAGAGGAUAGUGAUGACCUGCUUCAUUUUAACGGUGUGGUUGAUGUCACUGCUGGAAGAGCCGAGGAAUACUGCAGCAGGCAGGUGCCUUCCCACCCCACAGAUGUAACCACUUGUCACACAGGCAACUGUUGCCUUAACACACAAGACUCUGGAUCUCCUCAGUCUCUGGCCGAUGUCCAGGCAUGUAAAAGGACUGGGCUGGGCAGACCUCUAAGCAGGAAUUCCCUGCUGGGUGAGCAGGCAGACACUUUCCAAGGUAAUCUCACUGAUUUUGGAAAAUAUGACUCUGAAAAUUCUGCUGCUGUUGUGGAGAUUUAUUCAGAGAAACUAACAAGCGUAAGUGAUGACUUGUCUGAUGAUGACCUGGAGUACUUUGAAUGUUCAGAUGUGCUUACAGUGCAUGAAGAUGAAAUCUGGAGAAAGAAAUUAGAAUUUUUACUGGAAAGCGAUGAAGAUGAUCUAAAACUGGGUAAGGAUUGUGAUGGGUGUGCUUACUUCCUCAGUGAAAUGCCUUGUGUGUUCCAAGUGUCAGAUAACACUACGCCUAUGGAUACCCCCAUUGGCUUCUGUGAGCAUCAGUCAAAAAUCAAAGGAGUAAACGUAAGGAGAGACCCCUCUAUGUACAGCCAGUCAGCUCUGCAGACAGAGAUGACUCUCACUGUUGGACAGCACCGAGAUAAAAGUGCCAUUUUGAAAGACAAAGAGAAGAAUCAAGCGCAUGUUGCUUCUGCAGCCACUGGAAAUGAACAUCCCAGAAGUGAGGAAGAGACUAAUGGAAGUGACCCUCUGGCUGCAGGUUCCUCAAGGGACGGACCAGAGCCCACGGACACUGUCCCUGCCCAGGUAGAUUGCUCUGCCCAUGGCACAGGUGCUGCUUGCCCCGAUCAGGCUUCGGGGACAAGGACAGAAACCAGCCCCAAUGGGGACGUGCUGGGGGAAAGCUCACUGCUGCUGGAGGAGGGGAGGAGGAAUGUGCCAGAGGAAAAUGCACAGCAUGCUGUCUGUACCUUAACAGAAAGUCUGAGGAGAAACCUUUUCAAGCUGUUAAACCCUAUAGAACUUUGCAGAUAUGUAAGUACUAUAGGACAGUCUUUCCAGGCUGCAGCAGCAGGCAGGGAAUCCAGAGCUCCGUCUCCCAGUCAGGAAGGUGUCUGUUCAGCACAGACUCCCGAGGAAGCAGAGAGUGUGCAAAUGCAGGCUGCUCUGUGUCCCACAGAAGAGGCAGAUAACGACAGUCACUGGGAAAGGAAAAGGACUCGGGGGCCGUCUGAGCAAAACCAGGUGCCAGAUGAGAACAUCGCGUUUGGGAGUCAAGGUGCUAAUCUUAAAAGUGUUACCCAGAAUUGUGAGAACCUCUGUAUGGAGCCCAGCGCAGAAAGGGAAGGCAUCCUCAGCACUUGUGAGAGUGCAGGCACCAGCCAGCUCUCUACUGAAAACACGCUGCAAGUGAAGAAUGCAGAUUUACAGACCUCUUCUCUUCGCUGUGCUCCUUGUGAAAAGAGAGAAGGUUGUCACCAACAGGUCUUCUCCGGACAAGAAAUUAUUAGGAAUGGCAAAAUGUCAAAGAAUAACAUUUCUCCUUUUCCUCUAUGGGAUAUGGACUCUCUUCCUGAUAAACAGGAACGCUUGUGUGCUGUUCUCUCUUCUGCAAAGCUGUGUGAUGAGCCAGGGGAGGGAGAGCAGAGGCCUGGGCUUGACAUACAUGAGAGCAGUAACCCAGAUAUUCUCUGCAGCCAAUCAGCCGAUGAGGCUGUGUCUGAAGCUAAUCCCAAGUCAGUCCUGGAAUCUGGAGAACCUGAGUUCAGCAAAGGAGAUGCUGAUAUAUCUGCAGUGCAUGACAAGCUGUGGAAACUUCUUCAUGAAGAUGACUCAGACUAUCAAAUCCCAUUUGAAAGCAGAGGCAUCCCAAGUUUAGGUACAGGGCAGACAGAUAUCAAAGUCACAGAACUGGACUUUGUGCAGGAGACCUGUUCCAAUCGUCCUUUGCCAGUGGAUUUGAUAGAAGAGCAGGGGCCCAUCACAGAACCAGCUCAUAACCCCAGAGCUGAGAAGGCCGACUGCAAUGUUUCUGAUAUCCUCCUGCAGAGAGCUGCAGCAUGUGAGAGUGCAUCCAUAGGAAACAUUUGUCUUGCACAAGUGGUAGGAACAGAUGGUGUCUGUCUGAAUUCUGGCACUGGGAAUGACAGGGAAACACCAUCCAUUUGUGUUUCAGCAAGCAGUGUCCUCCUAAGUACCCAGGAGUGCUUGGAGCCGAAGCCAAUGGCCACGGGCAGGAAUGGAUCCACUGUGGCUUGGGAAGGGAAGCCUGCUGUUAAUAGUGCUGCCCAAACAUGCGAAGCAGAUUCUCCUCAAGGGUUACAAAGUACUCAGAGUGGUAAUUUAGCAUGUCCCAAAGCUGACUUAUCAGAUAUGUCACAUGGGACAGUUGGACAGUUACUUCACACUGAAUACAACACACCCAUGACAAAUGAGUCUAUACCUGGAGAAGGCUGUCAUUUUACAGACUGCUAUCCAGUGAGGGGAGAACUGGCUUAUUUCCCUGAAUUGGAAGACAUUUUCCCCAGUGAAAAUACCAGCCAGUUUACACAUGCAGAACACUCUUCUGUUAACUCCGUACAUAAAAGUUGUGUAGUGAAUUUACAAGAAAAAGAAAAUCAUUCAGGCUUGAGUGCACCAAAUUUCACUAAUUCUGACGGCUACCAUCUUUCAAAAAAUAAUGGCUGUCAGGAUUUUCAAAUUGUUCCUAAUGCACAGAAAAACAGUAAUGUAAUGCAAUCGCCUAGUUUAAUUCAGAUUCAUGAAACCAUAGCACAUAAGAAUCUACCCCAAAAUACAGACCAACUGCCAGAAAUAGCAAAACAAGAAGGGGCAGUCUCUCCCCCUUUUGGGGAGCCAUUUUUAAGAGAUUUUUAUCUAGAAGUGCCCAGCUGUGAAGCAAGUAAACCAGGAGGAGAACAGACAGAGAUUUGCAUACCUGAGGAACACAGGGCUGAAGCUUCCUGUGACUCAGGAGUUAGUCAGGUUUCAGAGAGUCAGAUUGCAGCUUCCCCUUGUAAUACAGCAGAACAGCAUUCAUUUUCUGUUGACAGCACCUUCAGGUCUGAUGAAGGGUUAAAAAUAGAUUCUUCAAAAACUCCCACCUAUGCAGCUGGAAGUGUAACAUCAGCCAGCGCCCCGCUGCCCAGGGAGGUUCCGAGUGAGCACCACAGCACAGCAGGUGGGGAGGAUGGAGGCGCCCAGGAUUGGCUGCAUUCCCAACAGCUGCUUGGAAACAAAACCCUGCCCUUCCCCACAUCUGUAAGCCACUCAGAGGGCCUUCCCAGUGCAUCUGCAGUGGCGUGUCCUGCCACAAGAAAUGAGGGAAAAACUGGAGUCAAAACCAUACAAACUGGAGUCAAAGUAAACAGAAAUUUAACUACAUUGGAAAUUUCCUGCAUGCCGUUGAAGGGUCUGUUACAGAGGGUCCCUGGAGAAACCAAAGGAGAAGCAGCCUUGGGUGAAAACGACCAUGAGAUUCCAAGAGCUCUUGAAUAUAACCCAGAUGAAGCUGAAGCAAAGGCUCCUUUGCACACUUUGACUGGCUCCCGGGCUCCAAAACAGAUUGUGAAUAUUAACACAGAGCAGCCUUGUCCUGACUUGAUCCCUUCCAGCAAGAUAGCUGAGGCUGAGAAUUCAGUUAAGUCCACUGAGUAUGAUAAAAUGGAGGAAGUCAGGACAGAAGAGACUGUGGUAAGGGGUUUAGUUAAUUUGCCACCAAUUGAUUCAGGGAACAACCAGCGUUUUCAAGAACAACCACCCCGCAGAAGAACUCCGUCAUUCUCUUUGGCGUGGACCACUCUUGAUCCAUUCCCAGUCAUCACAGAAAGUCAAAGAAAUCAGGAAGGGUCAAAAUCCUGCCAGAUACCAGUGGCUGCUGCAGAGCCUGAGCCCAUCAAAUGUAAAGAGGAUGCAACAAAGAGUGGGCAUGCAGCUGCUGGAGCUAAGAAGAAAUUACCACCAGCAACUCUGUCCAAAAAACCCAGGUUGGAGGAGAGGGGAAGUGUCAACAAGGACACCAGCUGCGCUAAAAAGUCUGGCAAGAGCGAGGGAGGCGUGAUUCAUAAAGAGGAUAGAAAAGAGCAAAGGAAACUCAUUUUGAAAAAAGAUAGCAAAGCCCCCAGGCUGCUGAAGAAGAUCCAAGCAGAGUUAUUCCCCGACUGCUCUGGAAGUAUUAAGCUGUGCUGUCAGUUUGGUGACAUUCAUGGUGACUCCACCAUUAUAUGGACUAAAGAUUCCCAGGUACUGGCUCGGCUGCAGAGAAGUGCCCAGGAUGACUCUCCCGUCUCUCUGGAAAUAGCUGAAGCCAGUUACCGAGACCAGGGGAUGUAUUAUUGCUGCUUGAAUAACACGUAUGGGAAGGUGACUGCUGAGUUUCAUCUGACUGCUGCAGUAUUGGAGCGUCUGUCAAGUUUACAGAGUUAUGAAGGUGUGGAAGAAAUCGAAUUCAUGCAGCUGAUGUUCAGAGAGGACCCCCUCAGCUCCAGCUACUUCGGUGGGACACUGCACGGAGCAAUAAUGACAGAGGGGCUGCACUUCGGCGAGGGGAUGCACCGCAGAGCCUUCCGCAGCCGCGUGCUGCAGGGGCUGGCGCCCGCCUUCGCCCCCGGCCACCCCUGCGUGCUGAAGGUGCACAGCGCCCUCACCCACGGCACCAAGAGCCGCGACGAGCUGCUGCAGAAGAACUACAGCCUGGCGCUGCAGGAAUGCUAUGUCCAAAAUACUGCGAGAGAGUAUGCAAAGUUAUAUGCAGCUGAAGCUGAACCCUUGGAAGGCUUUGGAGAAGUACCAGAAAUCAUUCAGAUUUUUCUUAUUCAUCGCCCUGCUAAUAACAUCCCCUAUGCCACAGUGGAGGAGGAGCUGGUUGGGGAGUUUGUGAAAUACUCUGUCAAGGAUGGCAAGGAAGUGAAUUUCCUGAGAAGAGAUUCAGAGGCUGGCCAGAAGUGUUGCACCUUUCAGCACUGGGUGUAUGAGAAGACCAAUGGGAACUUGCUUGUCACUGACCUGCAAGGUGUAGGGAUGAAGUUAACGGAUGUUGGCAUAGCAACCCUGGCCAAAGGAUACAAGGGGUUUAAAGGCAACUGCUCCUUUUCCUUCAUUGAGCAGUUCAGAGCCCUUCACCAGUGCAAUGAGUACUGUGAGAUGCUGGGGCUGAAAUCUCUCCGAACCACUCAUCAAAAACAGAGGAAAGCAACACCCACUAAAAGUAAAAAUCUGCCCAACUCAUCAACAGUAAAGAAAAUGGUGCCCAAGAAGGCAAGAGAACCUAGAGACUUCAUUUCUUCAGAGCACUGAGUCUCACUAUCCCACUUAUGAAACUACUCUUGAGGACAGUGAUAUGCACCAGUGACCUGAGGGGAUAACUUUGGUCUUUUGCCUUUUGACAUUGUUUUGGAAUCAUCCUGAUGCUGAUGCCAGCAACCAAGGAAGAAGUUGAUCCUCUGCUCUUGGUGCCUGAGAUUUAACACUGGGACAAGGUUUUGGAAACAAACUAUGCCAUCUCCUGGAUUUCCUUACAGGCUUCUGUAAACUGGCAUUGGAGAAGAACAUCUCUGUGUCUACAUCCAUGGCCCUGUGGUACAGCUGCUAUGGAAACAUCAAUAUAUUUAAGAUGCCAAGUACAAGAUUUGCACAGUAUUGCAUAUGCAUAUGCAUGCUGGGUUAUUUAGAACUAGAAGUCAGGAAAGGUGAAGUUUGGAACACACUGAUGAUUAUUAAAGUUACCACUUCCAUUGCAAAUCAGAGCAUAACAAAUCUUGGACUGUUCAGUGGGAUUGAGGCUUCUCAGUACACUGCUGGUACCUGGCUUUUGGAAGUUCCUACAGAUGAUGCCUAUUCUUUACAAUAGCGUUCAGAAGAAUUUCUGUGAGGACAUUGUGACUGUUUCCAAAACAGGAGGUUUAGAACAUAAGGCAAGGGGCUUGAGCAUGGUGGGAUGGGAACAAAGCUGAAAGCAUUGGAUAAAUGGUGUUUCAAGUUAGAGGCAAUAGAUUUUUAUCAGAAUUUUGGGAAGUGUUCUGUUUGAAAAAUGCCAAGAGCAUCUCAGCCAAUUAAUAUUCCAAAUGUAUGUUGUAGUUAGGUCCCAAAGUCAGAGAUGGAGUUUCACUCUAUUGGCUAAUUGCCUUCAGCUUUAUUGUCCUGGUCAGUUCAAUGAAAAUCACAAGCUGACCUCUCAGAGGGAAACACAGCCCUAUUAAUGCCAAGGAAAUCCACAUUCCUAAUGAUGACAGUAUAGUGAUGAUUCCUUAAGAUGUCUGGUGUGCUUUACAGUGGGGAUCUGGAAGUGCAUGUGUCAGAUAUGGAUUUCUCCCAUAUUCUGGUGCUUUGGCCUCUAAAAGAAGGAGUGGAGUCAUCUUCCUGUGCACGUACUGUGGUUAUUUAUUCCUCAGCACAGUGGGAAGAUGGACUGCCAGAGGUCCCAAACCUUCCUGACCCGAUGCCUUGUCUGCCAGGAACUAUUUAGUGUGAUAAUGGCGUUUGAUAGACUGGACACAAACACCAUUGUCACACUCCACAGCUCUGGGAGCAGGUCCUUAGCCUGGGAAGGAGUGUUGGAGGCACGCUGCAGACUUCAGCAGAGGGGGUUUCAAAGACCUGCAAAACAGACACAAGACCACGUUUGUGCAUAUUUAGAUGUGGCAUAUCAGGGUCCUCCCAAGGAGGCGGGACACAGGAUCCUGAAUUGGUUUGAGGUGAAUAUUGUGUCUCUGCUAGCUGUGAGAAUGUAAAAGCUAAAUGGCUUUGAGUGGCCUUACAGACAAGGGAGAUGGACAGCACCUGAGAAAUAAUCUGUACUAUUCUAGAGGCAAAUUCCUGAGGAGAGGGAUGAGUAAUUUUUGCAAGGGCCUGUGUCUUCCUCCAAGUGGUGGAGUCAGCCCAGAAUCAGCAUCAGACUUUUAUAGCUAUGUCAGACCUGAGGAAUCACAGUGCUGGGGAUUAUAUUUGAUUUUCAUAUACUUGUUUUUAGCAGCAUUUUUGAGUAGCCCACAUGCAAGACAGCCAAGCUGGUCUAUAGUCCUGGUCCUACUGCCCCUGUGCUAUUCUAUGAUGUUCUUCUGGGACACAUCAGCACCUGUACAUCAGAGAAUUAAACUCUAGGGUCCAUAGCUGCGGUGCUCAUCUCUGCACAGGCUGGGUGUUUCAGAGUGUUUCUCUUGUUGUUUAGCGUGCUAGCCAAAUAACAUUUCUGCACACUCGCAGUCUGAGAGUAGAAAAUAUCCCAUAAAAGAUUAUGUGGACUAAGGAGUGGAUUAAGAGCACACAAAUAUGCUGCACAGGGAUUUGUAACCCAUGGAAAUUCAGUUAUAUGCCAUCAUCAUAUCUGAAUGCUGCAGAGAGGCAGAGAAAACAGAGAAGGAGGAGCACAUGGAAGGGGGGAGGUUAGAAACCAGGGCUGGGGUGAACAGCAGUAGCCUUUAUUAUUUCUAAAUACUGAAAAUUGAACUUAUUGAAUGCCAGAUUAUUACAAAAGUAAUAAUCUGGCAUUCCCAUCCCUGCCAUGAAAGCAAGCCUAGAAAUGCUCAGACAUGGCUGACUUCCAAGGGGUUUUCAUGUCCCACUGGUUCUGUGUUUUGAGUUUGUAGUGCUGCAGUGGGACAGUGCUGAGCAUUUGAACACACAUACAAAACAGGCAGAUGUGCAGAUCCACAGGUCAGGCUCCUAUGCAGUCCCAGCUAUGAAGGAGAUAGCUCUGAAAGAAGGAGACGAGCUCCAGCACACCCUGAGCAUCACAUGGCACUGGGUCUUUGGAAUUAAUGAUGGCAAAAACCCAGUCAUGCCAGAACAUUCUGUCAGUAAGGAUGCAGCUGUGGCCCUGAGGUUCACGGGGCUGGUUUUGGUAAAUGUGCCCGUGCUGCAGCUGGUGAGAGUGAGAAAUGAAUGCCAAAGGGACAGAGGUGCUGUACCUGGCUUUCUAAUUCCCCUCAGUGUUGGUGUCUUCCCUUUCCUCAAACACAUUUUACUCAGCCUACUCUCUGCAGCAGAGGGGAAGGAUCAUGCAAAUUCCUACUAAUUAAGCUCCCUGAGGAAAAGGUUGGCAAUCCUGUGCAGAGCAGGAAAGCCCAGAAAUCCAGGCAGAAGGACUUGACUUCACUGCAGAACAUGUAAGGAGAAAGCAAAGCAGCUGAUGCCACUGCAAAUAAGCAAUUUUUAGUCCCUCAGCUACGUGGGAGCUUCCAGCAAAGCAACAGGAAUACUUCCAAGACAAAAUAGCAUGCAAGAAAGAGAAAUGGCCACGAGUUUUUAGUACUGCAAGAGGAAAAACCCCAAAAAUAAUAGGAAAGCUACAGGGAGAAAACAAAGCAUAAACAUCAGAGGAAAAAUCCCCCUUUUGUUUCUCUUCUGCCGGGCAUCUGUGUAAAGAAUCUCAUUGGGAUGUUCCAAUGCAGAGGGCAUUGUAAAGAACAAAUGUGUUUUCAGGAGGGUUUUUUGAGAUGGGUCACAGAACCUGUCCUUCCCACAUGGCCAGGCCUGGAAGCGUUCCUGGUACCCCAGAAAGUCUGUCAGCUUCCCCAGCACCCCAUCUCUUAAAAACAAUAAACAGGGUGGCUUACACUACCCUAACAAAAGCCUAAUCUCUUUCCAAGUGCAGGUAGAGAUCACUAGGUCCAAGACAUUAAAUCCUGUUAAAUUACACAGUUGAGCCCUGGGUAUGUGUGGAUAUUUUAGUAUGCCAAAGUGCUUAGUGUUGGAAAUCCACCUGCACUAUUUUAUUUUUGUUAAUCUCUUUUAGCAUUUCCUUUUCCUCACAUGAAUUUUGCUCAGGGAGGCACUUACCAUCGGAGACAACAGCCAAAGGAUCCUCUGGGGUGUUGUUAGGGCUUGGCAGAACUGGGAUUCUCUCGCUGGACGUUUUGCUGACUGUCUGUACUUGAAUCUUUGGAGUCGUGGAUUCUUUUCUGAGUUCCCAGCAGUGGGCAGCUGCUGCAAGCCUCUGCUUUCUGUGGACACCUUUCCCUCUCCCUUUAUGGGAUCCUGAGGUUUUAAAGUAAACAAUUCAUUCUUGUUCUGAUAAGUCAUAUUAAAAUAUUGAUCUGGGGGAGGGAGAUGACCCUUGCUGCACUGAGCCGGAGUCACCUUUAGUCAGACUAAAGAAUGGAAAAAAGCUCAGAGACUUCAAUUUUCUCUGUUCCUUCAGAGAGCACUUGUGGGGAGGGAAAAAUGCAAAAGAUAAGGGGGUUUCAGCUCUUUGUUUUGCUGAACCCUGAGAUGAAGAGUGUUUACCCUGGCUGCAUAUUAAUUGCUUACUUCUGCCAGUGAGACUGAUUUCAUCAGUUUCUCAGUGCUCAUCUCAUGUUCACUGCUGAGGCUUGCCAAUCUUUUUUCUUUCUUAAAUUUUGAGGUACUGUCUGCUUUGCCUAGUAAUUUUCAGGUUUUACUUUUUCCAGCACACCUGGGAAGUAGGGGGAAAAACCUGGCUUCAGUUGAGCCUGUCUGAACAGCACUGGCAAACCCAGGGAUGGUACACACCUCCCAGGACCUCAUCCAACAAAGAGAUUGUAUAAAUCUCCAGUUUAGGGCCUGAUGAAUUUCACUUUUUAGGCCAAAAUAGGAUUUGAACCUGAGAUCUUCUCUGAACAUAAAAUAAAGUCACAUUUUGGGUAUGAGAACAUUUGCUAGUUAACUAACAGUUGUUUCAUCACUUACUUCCAUUACCACUUGUGUUCUAUUAGAAUGUUUUGGAAAAGUCUGAAGUAAUAGUUUGGGGGUUUAGGAAGCAACAUUUUCAGUAUGAAUACUUCACAAAAGUGAGGAACCAGGUAAUUUUACUGAUUUUGACUGGAUGUUCCGUCCAGCAGCAGAAAACCAUCAUGAAAUCAAAUUUGGAAAACAUUCUGUGUCUUGCCCUCUCCUCCUUACACCCUCUUGGUUACCAGCUGAUGACACAUCUUUUUUGCUUAAAUCUGUCUUGGACUGCAGAUCUGUCAUGGCAAGAAUAAUCUAUGGUUUCCUAAAAUGCUGAUUCCUAAUCCCAGUCCUGUUACGUAAAUAGUAAUUCCUUGUUUGGGACUGGUCCAUGCACACAGUGUAAAGAUGACGAAAAUAUUUCUUCUACUAUUUCAGAGUCUGCCCUAGUCGUAGAAGAUGUUUUGGGGAAAGUAGGUAUCUAAAAAUGACCUAUAAAAUUAUAUCAGCAUCCUGUGUGCAAACUCCUUAUGCUACUCGGAACUGCUCUGAAAGUAAAGAUGUGCAUUUGAAGUCUACAGAAGAUAUAUGACAAUAUGCUUAAUCAGAAUAAAAGAGGACAAUAUUAGGUCAGGAAGACCUCAUAUUAAAAAGAAAUCAACCAACCCAAAACCAAAAUGCCACAUGUUGUCCAAAACUAGCAGGAAAAACCCCAAAAUGUGCUACUUUUAAUCACAGCAGAAACACCACUUAUUUGGUGUUUGUGAGUUGUGUUUCUGGGGAAAAAAAAUCCAGUUUCCCUCAAAAUGGGUCUCUGCAACUGUAGGUGAAGCACUGGUCACUCCACAGGGAGCCUGGGGAAAGUCUGGAACUGCAUUGCAACAUCCAGCACUGCUGCAGACUGGUUGGGGUCCAGUUCUCUGAAAUGAAAUGCCAAAGUAUUGGGAAAUUCCUGGAAAAAGAAAAGGAACUGGUUUGUUUAAAUGUUACUAAAGGUGACACAGGGGCAGAUAAUGCAAUAUACAUUGCACACAGACCUGAGGGCCAGAUUCUUCCCUUGGAAAUACAUACCUAUGACCCCAAGCAAAAUCAUCUAACUUUGAAGUGCAGUCUAACUGUGAGGCUGGCACUGCUCAGAGCAGAGGACUGACUCCUGUGAUCUCCAAAAGUCCCUUCCAGCCUAAAUGAUUCUGUGCUUCCAUGUUAUAUGCAGAGUUCCUGGUGAGUAAGGUGUCACUAGACAAAGGACACAAUUUGAUCCCUACAAAAGCUCUUUCCUCUCAUUUAUCUUAUAUACAAUAUGAAAGAUAUGUUGAGGGAAAUGGAAAUCACAGGGAUGGUGUCUUUUCUGUGUAGAAACAGUGGAAGAACCACUUCAAAGCUGAAGGAAUAACUGCAGGGACAAAAACCUGAGCUGUAUCUUGUGGCUUUACUCCAGCACAUAAUACUCUUCAACUGAUCUGGGGCUGGCUAUUGCCAUCUUUGGAAAAAUCCUGCCACUGUCCCACCAGCUGUGGGCAUGGCUCCCUUGGCUUAAAAUUCCAGAUUCAAAGAUUUAGGCCAGAAUCUUUUAUGGAGAAAAAUUACACAUAACCAACAGUGGAAGUGAAUUUAUCCCUUUGCUUUCUGAAUGUCAGUAACUGUGCUGACUCACAUCACUUUUGGAUAUGGCCAUAUAAUUUUUGAGAGGACAUUGCUACAGGAAUUCUUGGGCUCAGAGGAGGCAAAGGUGGUGUUUAUCAGCUUAUCCCAGAGUACUGCAGCAUUCAAAGGGCAUAUUUACCACAAUCUCAUGGACAGAGGUAAGGGCUACAAGUGCUGGAACACUCAGUUACCAGAGCUCAGUUACCAGAGGAGAAAUGCUGUGAUCCUUGUCAGUCAAUGGCCACUGGUUAAAGAUUACCUGUGCUGGUCACUCCGAUGGCUGGGUGGAGAAAGAUUAGCUCAGAGCAGCAGAAAGUUGAGCAAAGGUCUUUAACCUGGAAGCCAUGAUCUCUUCUGAUUUCUGCUGGGGAUCAGUAAACGAAAUUGAUUUGAGUUUCCCAAUCAUCAAACUCAUUACAUCAGUUCUGGAUCACCCUGGCAUUUCCUGUAACCAUUCGCCCUCUGACAGAGAGGGGUUGGGAAUUAUCUUCAGAUUAGGAGAGUAAGGUCUGGCUGACAAUGUACUCUCCAUGACAUUGCUUCUUCCCCAGCAAAAUAGUUGUGAGCAGAAUUUAAGCAAUUUUGCUGCAAACAAAAGGCUAACACAAAAACCUUGUAUUUACCAGUCCCUCAGGGUGACUCUCCUUGUCCCAGGAGAUCUGCUGGCUCUGCAGACAGGUGUGCUGGGCACACCAGUGUACAAAGGAUGCCCUAGGGUGGCUUUGAGGGAGCACUUCCGGCUCUGUUAGUCCCCUGUCCCCUGAGCCACACAUGAAGAUAAGCAGCUUUAUUAAUUUUUUGUCUCUGCAAGUAAAAAUUCUGUUUCAAUCCA